AGAUUGAAUUCACAUAGUCUUAGCACCAGUACUUGUGCCAUUAGUGCAAACGCAUGGGAGGAGCAUCAGACAUGCAUGUCGAUCUGGUUCCACUAGCUUCGACAUCUCAGAUAGAACGCACCCCUUCUAGAGAGGAUGGUUUACCUGCGGAUCUAGAAGAGGACUUGAGGGCAUUCGGAUGCAAGCUCAUACAUGAAGCUGGGAUAUUACUGAAACAAAAACAAGUCGCUGUAGCCACAGCUCAAAUCCUGUUCCAACGUUUCUGGUAUGUAACUUCCAUGAAACAGUUCGGUAUCGGUGACAUCGGAAUGGGAGCCCUAUACCUCGCAUCCAAACUCGAAGAGUGCCCGCUCCGGAUGCGCGACCUCAUAAACGUCUACGACCUCCUCCUCCAACGCACAUCCCACACACUCUCCUCGCCUCAAAACAAGGACACAUUCAAAUACGCACCGAUGUCUUACUUUGGAAACACCUUCUACGAUCUCAAAGAUGCACUAGUUGUAGCUGAGAUGCAGAUCCUGAAGCGAUUGGGGUUUAAUGUUCAUGUGGUACUGCCAUAUGGCACGCUUAUAAACUAUCUCCGCGUUUUGGGGUUGACGAGUCGGAAGGAUGCUUGUGCGAGGGCGUGGGGGUACCUUAAUGAUGCCCUGCAGACACCCGUUUAUGCGCUAUACGCAGUCCCAACGAUAGUCAGCGCAGCUAUCCUCCUUACUUCUCGUCAUCUCGGCAUAUCGCUACCUUCUUCGCCACCUCAUUGCUGGUGGGACCUAUUUGAUGCGCCUUGGGAAGACGUGUGGAGCGUUUGUGGUUAUGUCAUGCGUUUGUAUCGCGAGCGCACGCCGGAGGAGAGGAUGAGGGUUUUGAAAUUGGUGAAUAAGAAGGAUGUGAGGGGGUGGUUGGAAGAGAGUGCUGCUGUAUGAUCUUGAAUCUUGGUGUGCGAUCUUGGCGAUUGGGCUCUGGGCGGAUGCGGCUUCUUGCUGAUCUGUACGUUGCGGUAGCCGUAUGGUCCGAGGCGAUCAUACACUUCUAUGCACCCCAUCGGUUCAUAGGUCACCGCGGCAUCGCUAUUUCCUUUGACAAGCCGUUGUAGCCUCCGUCCCGCUCGAAUUAACGUCAUAAAUGCGUUGAG